GAAAACAAACAGGUCGAACGGACGGACGUUGGUAGCCGGUUGGAUGUGGAGGUUGUUGUAGCGGCGAAUGAAUCGUUUUCAUGUCGUCGCGGUGCUAAUUCAAAGUUCUUCGGUUUCGUGUGCCUCAUUCGGGGGACGCUGUUCGGAGUUUUUAUCCCUUCUCCCCGAGCAUGUUGCCGCUUUCGAACAUUUUACGGUUGUCGGAGCGCCCGGUCUUCCCGCUGCGGUUCUGUUUUUUCUCGUUGUUUACCCGCUUGUAAUUCGACGUUUUGUGGGUUAAAUUCACCGACUCGACUGCUCUGAAAACACGCAUAAAAAAAAAUAAAAAAGGCCCAAACAUCUUUUUUUUUAUUUUAAAGACAUGCACGCCAGGCGCCUGGUGAAGCGGUCGAUCCUCGGCAGCCGCGUUUAUGCGCCGAGUCCGACGGGGGACGGUGCCCCGGUGACGGGGGUGGUCCAGGCGGUCAAGCAGGAAAACAGAGACGUCUCGGCCGCGGGACCCCGGCGAAGCGUUUACACGGUGCUGAUGCAAGACGGAAGCCUGAAGGAGUUCACGGAGGACGAGAUAGCCGCGGGCUCCAGCCACACUGCAGCCAAAGCACCGCUCAAGUCCAGCCUGAAGCAGAGCUCCAGCAACGGGGUUUCAGAUGGCCAGAAGGUGGAGGGGGGCUGCAUGAGCCCAGAGGCUGCAGAGGAGCCCAGGCUGGCGGAAGGCAAGCGUGUCAGCCGGGACCCUGAUACCCGAUCAGUGUCCUUAUUGGAGCAAAAACGCAAAGUAGUCUCUUCCAGCAUUGAUGUCCCACAUGCCAGAAUGAGUUUGGCUCUUGUUCACGUGCAGAGUUCACCAAGAGUUUAUGACAUAGAUAUGUCAUCUUGCAAAUAG